UUCUCAUGAGGAAUUACAAGGAUGGUCUGGUAUUUCUCUUUCACCCAUUGAAAACAAUAUGUAACAAUCUAGUCACUUAUUAUAUUAGUUUUUCCAAUAACCGGCCCCAAAACACCACCUAGAGCAGUGGGGGCCGCCAGGGGGCGCCCGGGGGGCCUCAACAAUUUGGUGUGAAAAAUAAAUAAAUACAUGAUUCUCACUCUCAGACAACCACACACACACAAUCAAAUCCUAAUGUAAUGUAAAGAUGAAAGAGGUGAUUAUUAAUAAUAAUUAAAAAAAAAAGGGGGAUAUAUUCAGAAGUCUGUAUUUUUAAUGUGUUUUAAAGACACCUCCAGGGUCCGAGGUUUGAGUCCCGCUGGGGCCAUGUGUGUGCGGAGUUUGUAUGUUCUCCUUGUGCUGCGGGGGUUUCCUCCGGGUACUCCGGUUUCCUCCCGCAGUCCAAAGACAUGCACGGUAGACUGAUCGGCAUGUCCGAAAUGUCCGUAGUGAAUGAAUGGGUGUAUGAACGUGUAUGUGAUUGUGCCCUGUGAUGGAUUGGUACCCUGUCCAGGGUGUACCCCGCCUUGUGCCCGAUGCUCCCUGGGAUAGGCUCCAGGGUCCCUGCGACCCUGAAGUAUAAGCGGUGUAGAAGAUGGAUGGAUGGAUGGAUGGAUUUCAAUGUCUGAACAAGUAGGAAAACGUUUUUGUGAUUUAUGUGAGGUGUAUUUUGUCUUGUAACGUGUUUAUUUACCAAAAUAUAGAAUUCUUAUUUGCUUGUUACAUGAAUAUGCAAUAACGUGAUUUAUAAUGUAAAUGUUUUUUAAGCCAAACUGUUAGAUAUCAAUGACUGUGUGGUAGAGAUACCGAAGCUUGUCGAGUUCAUUAAACAUCAGUGCGUCGUGCCGAUGACGUAACGACGUGAUGACGUAACGGCGUAAUGACGCAUUCCGUCCCGCGCGAUUUACAAAUGCCGGAAGAGUUGAUAAUACCAAACACUAUAUAAAAAAACAACAACAACAACCCAACAAGAGUUCAGCUUUUCGUCUGAUUAGAAGAGGUUAAUACCAGGAUGGUACAAGAGUUUCAUGUAUUGAGGUGCUUUUCUUGUCGGACAUUUCAAGUACAACAGGUCAAGAAGAGCAAAAAAUGGAGCUGCAAGCUGUGUGGGGAGAAACAGUCGCUUAUCAAGGUAAAGUCUCUUUCAUUUCAUUUCAUUUCAUUUCAUUCAUUUGGACGAGGCUUUUGUCACGUUCCUCUGGCUCGGUAUUUGUUUCGUUGCAGGAAUACGGCAGAGGAACCGGUGCGGACUGCAGACGCCACGUACAGAAACUGAAUUCGUUGCGCGGAGAACUGCUAGAGGUAGAAACCGAAAGAGCCCGGACUCGGUGGGAGGAGGAGGAGGAGGAGUGCGGAGUCGAAGUCGGCCCUGGAGAUGAGACUCAAAAUUUGGAGCAGAAGACACGGGUCGUAAGCCGCUGGAGUAAAUAUGUGGACCAGGGAGAGAAUGGGCCAGAAGGUGAUGAUGAGCAUCAGGAGGAAGAAGAGAACGUUUACACAGACAUGGAGCAGUGCCGUCAGCGUAACAUCAGAAAAAGGAAGAAAAGCUGUACUUCAGGGGAUGCUCGUGGACGCGGUACUGCCGGCGGAGAUGAGGACGCGGACGCUGCUCGUUGUGGGGCUAUGCGACUGCCGUCUCAGCCUCGUCGGCAUGGCGACACCGUCAAACCGUCGCCUCUGGUAUCGCACUCUUCAAGAGGAUUCCCACGCACCAGUACAAGCCAGAGAACUGAUGCUCUUUGUUGUUCUCCGGCUGCAUCAGUGGGCUCGGAACACAUUAGCGCAUAUGAUGGUUCCCAGUCCUCCACUGGAGCAGAUAAGCAGUCUUCUGCAGAGUUAAGCACCAUGCCUCUUAAGCCCUCGGUUCCCGUAAGCAGUUUCUCUGCGACAUCAUCCUUUCAUCAGCAUCCCACCCAAUCUAAACCGCAAGCCAAGGACUCCAAGUGGGCCCGAUUUCUUCCGUCCGUGUGCGUCGAAGACGACAAGGACGAGGUUCCACUUCAAAACACCGGAAGCCGGAUGAGCAGUGGUGGGAGCGAAGGAGCUCUGGUGGCUGAAGUGUUUAGUGUGGAGAAAUGUAGGGCUGGAAAUGUGGACAAACUGCCUAGCAGUCCAAACAUCACCUCAAGACCUGUUGGCUCUCACAAGCCACUACCUACCGCUAAAAGACCGUGUCCCGCCCUUUCUUUUAACACAUUAUUCCAUACAAAUGAGGACUUUGACGACACGUAUUAAUCCUUCACUAUUGGUCAGUGAACUAUUGGUGGUGUACUUUACAGUAGAAAUG